AUGGCCCUUCCCAGUUCAACGCUGGACCGUCGAGGAUUAAGACGUGAAAUGAUGUCGCCCGAAAAUAGCAACGAUUCCUUCAACGUGGAGGAGGAUGAGGAUAGUUCGAAUAAUAUUUUGAGUAAUUUUAGUGACGAAGACGAGGAAAAGCAAAGUAAUGAAAUUAAGAAAAAUAUUUUUUCGAUUGAGAAUAUUUUGGGAUUAAAUGAAAAAAAUCGGAAAAGUGAAAAAUGUGAAAAAUAUUUUAUGAGACCUGUGCCGGUGAUAGCAAAUCAGAAUGAAAUUAGUGCAUUUAGGAAGAAAGAAAGAUUUUUUAAUAAUAAUGCACAAGAAAUGCCGACGCCAUCGUCUUUGGCGACAAAUCAAAAUGGAGGAUUUUUGUAUGCGAAUUGGAUGGAAAUGCAAAAAUCCAGUAUGGGACAUCAGCAUUUUUUGUCCUUUGGAUAUCAUGGUUCUGGCUUGACACACAAACCAGUGAGCAGUAAACGGACACGCAAGCCCGGUAUCGAUCGCAAGCCACGACAGGCAUACAGCGCAAAGCAAUUGGAACGGCUGGAGAACGAAUUUAAAAACGACAAAUAUUUGUCAGUCAGCAAACGCAUGGAGUUGUCAAAAAUGCUGAAUCUCACAGAAGUACAAAUCAAGACGUGGUUUCAAAAUAGAAGAACCAAAUGGAAAAAGCAAUUAACAUCGAGACUGAAAAUUGCCCAACGACAAGGCCUGUAUGCGUCUCAAGCGUAUUUAAGUUCAAGCGGAUUCCCUCCAGCAACUUACCAUCCAAUUUUUAGCAGUAUUUACCCAUCGUACAGCAAUAACUUACAAAUUUUAACGGAAAGUAGUAAAAAAGCCACUGACGUACUGUAA